AACUACCCCAAUGGAUUUUAUAUCCUAUGUAAAAAAUAACGCAGAAGGUGAAGGGUCAAACAUAGUAAUCAAAGGAUCAUUUUCUACUAAAAUAGAAUGUGUCACUUUAAAACUAAUGGAAUUGAUUAGUCAGGAUCCAAAUGUGAAAGUUUUAAUUUUCUCAAAUUGGGAUAAAGCAUUAAAUCUUCUAGGAGAAGCUUUAGAUCAAAAUUCAAUCAGUUAUAGGAUACUAAAAACGGGAACUAAGUAUAAAAAAACACUAAAAGAUUUUAAGUUAAAGAAGAAUAUAAAUGCAUUAUUAGUGAAAUUGAGUGUGGGAUCAAAGGGUUUGAAUUUAACUGAAGCAACAAGAAUAUUUUUCAUGGAUCCAAUAAUUAACAAAGCUGAUGAGCAUCAAGCUAUUGGGACAAUUCAUAGACUAGGACAAACCAAACCUACGUUUGUACAUAAUUUUAUUAUUCGAGAUUCUAUUGAGGAAAACAUCACAAAUUUAUUCUCUGGUGACAUGUUCGAUAGGUGGGAUGAUAUAUUACUAUCUCGACUAAUAAGAGUAUUUGAAAGAAAAUAAUCUAGUUGAAUAUUAGAGCAAAAUAAUGAUAUAGGUAAGAGAAUAAUAAUUUAAAUAUUAUAUUAUUA